CACCAGCUGCCAGUCUAGCUCUGCCCCGUAUCGCCAGCACCUGUCACUGUCUGUCCUCGGCCAGGGGGCCCUAGGAGCCCCUCCUCAGCUGCCCAGCAGAACCAGCAGUCAGAGGGGAGGGAACAUGGAGCGGGGGUUAGGGGUGGGGGCAGGGACAGGCCUGGGGGCCCGGCUGCGCGUGGUGCUGGGCUGCUUGUGGAGGGUACUGCUCUGGCUGGCAUCCGCUCUGCUGUACUUCGGAAGCGAGCAGGCUGCCCGGCUGCUGGGGAGCCCCUGCCUCCAGCGCCUUUACCACGCCUGGCUAGCUGCGGUUGUCAUCUUCGGACCCCUGCUGCAAUUCCACGUCAACCCCCGCACCAUUUUCGCCAGUCACGGCAACUUCUUCAACAUCAAGUUUGUGAACUCUGCCUGGGGCUGGACCUGCACCUUCCUGGGUGGCUUUGUGCUACUGGUAGUGUUCCUAGCCACACGGCGAGUGGCAGUGACAGCUCGGCACUUAAGCCGGCUGGUGGUGGGGGCAGCAGUAUGGCGGGGGGCUGGCCGUGCUUUUCUGCUCAUUGAGGACCUGACGGGCUCCUGUUUUGAGCCUCUGCCCCAGGGGCUGCUGCUCCAUGAGCUGCCUGACCGUCGCAGCUGCUUGGCAGCUGGCCACCAGUGGAGGGGCUACACGGUCUCCUCUCAUACCUUCCUGCUCACCUUCUGCUGCUUGCUCAUGGCUGAGGAAACCGCCGUCUUUGCCCGAUACCUGGCCCACGGUCUACCUGCUGGGGCCCCUCUUCGACUGGUCUUCCUUCUCAAUGUCCUGCUGCUGGGCCUCUGGAACUUCCUGCUGCUCUGCACCGUCAUCUACUUCCACCAAUAUACCCACAAGGUGGUAGGUGCUGCUGUGGGCACCUUUGCCUGGUACCUUACCUACGGUAGCUGGUACCACCAGCCCUGGUCGCCGGGGAGCCCUGGCCACGGGCUCUUUACCCAUCCCCGACGCUCCCAAUCCAGACUUAAGCGCGAUUGAAGGGAAUAAAGGCAAAUCAAGGCCGGACA